AUGGAAGGCUCACCGGGAUCAUCCGUCAAUGACGCCGACACCACCAACUUCGAGCCUCACAGCAAGCGGCGCAAACUUCGGAAAGGAACAACAAGCUGCUGGCAUUGCAAGAAGCGAAAGGUCAAAUGCACAUUUGAUGCGACGUCUGACACCAUAUGUGUAGCAUGUCGCCGUCGGAAGGUGCCAUGCGUUCUCCAGACUCAGCCGGAAGAGGAAUUCUUUGGAGGCAACGAUAGCAGUCAAGAAGCAUCACUGCUGCGUCCUAGUAGAGGCUCAAAUAACAUCGCCAAUCCUCCUGAUAUUUCAUAUGAGCAACUUCUCCAACGCUUGCAAAGGGCAGAAGCAUUGCUUGCGCGAUCAGAAAAUCCAGGAGACGACGCAAUAAUCAGCCACGUGCAACUUCCAACACCUAGCUCAGCCGCACUGACACCGGAACGACCUCUUCUACAAACGGAAGACGGCGAGAGCAUAUCAUCCGCCCUACGUCGAGCGUAUCCACCGCAACAAGAUCUGGAGCUCUUGUGCAAGACCGAUCGCAACGCAACCUUGUACAGCUACCAAUGUCUCACGACAUCCAUCGACCCCUCACAAGACGAGUCAUUGGACAUUGCCGACAAUCUGGCUACAAUUCCUGACAGUUCACGUACACCUCCGGUUCUGAUCGCAAGGCAUAUGCUCAUCCUUGCCCUUAUGCUACAGUACUUUCGGUGCAACAAGGGCGAUUGCAUCUCGGGGGAUCCAGGCGUCCUCGCCACUCGCUUGGUGGAAACAGUUGUUCGUUUGGUCGUCACCGAAGACCAUCUGAUAGGCUGUAUCGAAGGACUAGAAUGUAUCGUUUACGAAGCCACCUUCCAAUCCAACGCCGGCAACCUUCGGCGAGCUUGGAUCGCCUUCAGAAGAGCCUUGGUGUUUGCGCAGCUGAUGAGACUGGAUACGUCUAACCCUCCGCCUGUCAAAUAUCUGGAGAAUAAGCACAGGGUGGAUCCUAAGUUCCUUUGGUUUCGGAUUGUACAUAUGGACAGCUAUCUUAGCCUGAUGCUUGGCCUACCUCAUGGGGGCCAAAAGAUGAGCGUGGAGAACUCCAGUCCUGGGACCAGUGUAAGCUGCCAGAUAGAUCGAGGACAUACUCUCAUAGCGUGUGGUAUCGUUGACCGCAACCGAGGAGAUCCACACCAGAAUAUCGAGGCUACCCGUAAAAUAGACCGCGACCUUCAGAACGUCGCGGCAUCAGUUCCUGACAAGUACUGGCUCGCACCCAGUUUUACUGGUCUCCAACCAAAUGCAAGAGAGACUUUUGAGGAACUAAUGCGGCUUCGAAGUCAGAUCUACCAGUACAAUCUGCUUCACCUCCUCCAUCUGCCUUUCCUCAUACGCUGCGCCACAGGAUCUGAUUUCCACAUGUACGCCAAGAUCACCUGCAUCAACGCGGCCAGAGAGAUUCUCACAAGAUUCGUCGCAUUCCACAACUUCCGGCCCAUCUCCACCCAAUCGUGUCAUACAGCCGACUUCUUCGCGCUAAUGGCGGGCAUGACAAUACUGAUCGCGCACAUAGACAGCAGACGCUGGAAAGAUCAAAGUUUUCUAGUCCACCAGCGACCCGGUGAUCGCGCGAUGGUGGAGCAACUGGUCGAAAAGCUGGAACUCGUCGAGACGCAGACGAACGAUCCUCUCACGGGCAAGAGCGCUGAGCAACUUCGCAACUUGCUGCUGAUUGAAAGCGACGCCGCGCGUGGAUUCAGUCACAGCAGCGAGAGCACGGUUAAUCGGCUUGAAGAGGGCUGCGGCGAACAGUUUCAGCUCUCAAUUCCAUAUUUUGGGAUCAUCAAGAUUGGUGCGAACGGCAUCACAAAGCAAUGGCCAGGUUCCCAGACUUCUAGUGCGGUAAUGCUUGAUGUGCCCUCUGAUUUGAACGCAGUGGGUGUCGAUGACAACAUUGCUUCGUUCGGUCAGGACAUUAACGGCAAUCCGUCAUCCAACCUGCUGAUACUAGAAUCGGGCACGCAGCACUCUCAGUCGAUGCCACUAACACUUCAUGCUGAUAUCUUCGACACGUCGCAAUAUUAUCCAGGAUGGGCCGCCGGAACUGACGAUUGGGCGCUUCAAGGUGUAGACGCAGCAUUUUUUGAGUCACUGAUGGGAGGAGUCGGAAAUUGGGAUGAUACACUACUAGGGAAUAGUUAG